AUUAAUAUAUUGGACAGUGGAAUCAAAGCAGCUUAACAAAGUGACAAAAAGUGAUUCAAGCAAACAAAUUGUUCAAUGACCGAAAAAAUAAGGGGACAAACAAAACAUAUAGAAACAAUAAACAAGUAUGCUACAUUCACAAGUACAUCUGUUGCUACUUGCAAUUCGUAACUCUCAGCGCAAAAAUCGAAACUUGUUGUCAUAGUAAUAAAAUUUUACGGGCUAAUUGAAAAUGAAGGACGGAAGCACCAUUGUUUUCAAAAAACGAUAUACUGUGAUUAAAAAGCUCGGAAAAGGAGCGAGCGGGAAAACGUACUUAGUGGAGGACUCCCACGAAUCUCAAAAUUGCACGAAGGUUUUGAAAGCUCUGAAGUGCAUAAAACUUGAUGACAAUUCAGCAGCGGUUCAAAGAGAUUAUGAAAAAGAAGCCCACUUACUAUCGAGUCUGAAACAUCCUUAUAUACUUCGUAUUCAUGAAAGUUUUGUUGAUAAAGAUAGGUUCUGCAUUGUGUCGGAAUUUUGUGAAGGGGGUGAUCUAACCAAUUACUUAAAACAAGUGAAGAGUAAAGGAGAACGUAUCAGUGAAAAAAAUAUUGGAAAAUGGCUUGUACAACUUAUACUGGCCACAGUUUAUAUGCACAAAAACAAAAUACUUCAUCGUGACUUAAAAACAAGUAAUAUAUUUCUAAAGAAUGGAAAUAUUAAAGUUGGUGAUUUCGGUAUUUCGCGUUCACUGGCCACAACUGAAGAACUGGCAACUACGUUUAUUGGGACUCCUUAUUACAUGAGUCCGGAAGUUUUGAAGUAUGAAGGAUAUAAUAAUAAAUCAGAUAUUUGGUCAAUUGGAAUAAUUCUGUAUGAACUAUGCACCCAAAGAAGAGCAUUCACUGGAACUAAUCUAAUGCGUGUUAUGUGGCAGGUUAUAAAUGAUCCUUGUCCUCAGCUACCAGAAAUUUAUUCAAAAGAAUUGCAAGACGUUUUAGAACUAAUGUUAAAGAAGACUCCCCAAGAAAGACCAUCUGCUUCAGAGCUUCUUCAAUCAAAUGUAGUUCACUCGUACUUACGUGAUUUAUACAAAGAAACCAUAUUUCACAUGCAAAAUGAAUUAUCUGAUGAAAGUCGGAAGAAUGAGAAUGAAUCUAAUAGACUUAUAUCGUUUGAAGAAUUUAUUAGUUCACCUGAUUCAGUUUUACAUAAACAACAGUCAAUUGAAGACGCUGAAAAGUUUCCAAUACAAUCAAAUGAAGAGACUGAAGAGAAUACAGAACAUUCAGAAGAUCAGUACUUAACACCACGUCAAAAAAUUAAAUUAAAUAAAGCAACUGAAUCAGAUAAAACUAUUGCAGUCUUAAGAGAUUUAGCAGAACAGCUUACACAUACUCGAAAUAGUUUAAAUUCUACCAAGGAAACACAACUGUUCACCUGGCAGAAAGGAUAUCCAUCAUUGAAUCAUAUAUGGCCUACAAUUCAAAUGCCAACAGAGAAACUGCUAAAUGAAUUAAAAAAUCUUUAUUCAGAGAAAAUAAACAAUGAAAUAAGCGUGACAGAUGAACUAGAUGAUGAUUUGGAAAUUGGAGGUGAUUUAUCUUUGCCAAAGAGACCAGGUUUAAAAGACGAUAAAAAGUUACUAGGUAAAGGUCCAGGUGCUGAAGAUGAAAGUCUUGGAACAUUUAAUUUUUCAAAUUUUACAAAACAUGGAAGUGAACAAAUCGAAGAUUUAACUAACAAUACGAGUUUUACUGAAAUAAAAUUUUUUUAUCCUUUACCUAGAUUAACUAGUCCAAUUUAUGAUUAUGUCAUAAUGAACGAAUUUAAGAAACAAGUUGAUAAUAAUGAUGACCCUAAUAUUAUUAAAAAGGAUAACAAUAAUCAAGAGAAUUUGUUUAUACGUCGACAACUUACGUUUCCAGAAAUGUUAAAUCAAAAUUAUACACAAUCAGCAAGACAGUUAAGUGAUAUUAAUAGUUCCAAAUUGAAAUGUAAUAGUGUAUUUACUGACGAUACUCAACUAAUGGAAACUUAUUACACAAAUUAUGAUAAUGAACUGUUAAAUUAUACAAAAAAUUUUAAUGAGGAGAAUUCAAAAGAAUUAAUUAAAAAUGAAAAUAUUAUUCAAAAUGAUUUGGAAGAUAUAGAAAAUCAAGAUAAUGAAGAUUCAACUGAUACAUUGAACGAUGUACUUGUUUGCAUGAAAGCAGCUUUGUAUCACCCUGAAGACAGUAAUACAAUAAUCUUGGAUGAUGAAGCAAAGGACAUAUUUAGUCCAGAGGCUAAAGCUAAAAGAAUUGAUGCUUUAAAAAAAUAUUGCAUCAACAAACUUGGCGAAAAAGAAUUUCACAAUGCUUACCAUUAUCUUUAUCAAAAACGUAUUUUGGAAAAUAAUCAAUCUGGUGAAUUAACAAUACUAAAUGGCUUAAAAUGUUAUUGUUCCGACGUGACUACCGGCUUUCUACUUGAUCAUUUAUUAUUUCUUGAAAAUGAUGCACUAAAACAAACAAUAAAUAUUCAAUUAUCUGAAUCUAUUCAUCAAAUCUUAAAUGAUAAUUUGCCAUUUUAUACGUAAGCUAAAUUACGUAAACAUAACUAAUUCAUGGCUGUGAAUUUUAUUUCUAUCUCUGAUUUUUCUAAACGUAGACUAUAGUUCUCAUUAUUUGGAAAAUUUUCCAUUCUAUUUCUAAGAAUAACAGUUACUAUUGUUGUUUACUUUUUCAUAACCUAUUUUAUUUUAUGAUUAACAACUACUUAUCUUAUAGAUUUUCUGCCCUGAAAACAUUUCUUAUUUUGUAGUUUCUAUUCUAAUUUGAAAUGAUUCCAUCCACCAAUAAAUAUACAGUUUUAGAAGUUACCUUUUAUUAACCUGUCAUUUUUUAUUGUUACGCUUAAUUAUUAAACAAGUGAGAUUUUCGAAAUUAGAUUUCCAUUUUUCAGAUAAUGCUUUGAGUUUAAGAAUAGUGGGACAAAUGCAUUCACUCUGUUUCUUCACUUAGAUCUUGAGUUUUAAAAUCAUCUUAUUCUUAAAGAUCAUUAAACUCUCAACAGUGGUAUAUUUUUGUCGCUGUUUACUACUAUAUUGACCACUAGGUUCUUUGUAUUAGAUAAACCAUUUAUAGUUUACUAAGUAAGCUUUUUAAUGUUUUUGUUUGUGAUGGUGAGUUCACAAAGCAAUAGACAGCCUUCCCUCUAUUUCACAUCUAGUGGUUACUUGAGGUCACAACGUGAAACAAUCAAAUAAUAUUGUCUUACUUCUUUUUCCCAGCAGUUUAGUCAUCCAUUGUCGGCGGAAAAAGAAAAGUAACGUUCUCAAUCUUAUGAAAAGUUAAAUAAACUUCAAUACGUUAAAAAAUUCACUUUCACGCAUUAUAUCUGAUUCUAGUGGUCCAUAUAUUUGAGCUUGCUCUAAUCAGUUCCAUCAUAUACUUCGACUAAGGCAUAAG